CACAGUUGCUCACGCUCUCACCCAGCCCCUCUGUGGGGGCUCCUGCCCAGGAUAAAAGGGGCGGGAGGCAGCCCAGUCUCCCAUCUCAUCUCCUGGGCGCCGCGUCUCUUGAUUCCUUCCUGGGUGCCACCUCCGCGGAAGAUCUCAGCAAGACAACAUGCCUCCCAAGAAGCCUGAGCCUAAGAAGGAAGCGGCCAAGGCAGCCCCAGCCCCAGCCCCGGCCCCGGCUCCAGCCCCUGCCCCACCUCCUGAGCCCGCCAAGGAACCCACCUUUGACCCCAAGAGUAUAAAGAUAGACUUCACUGCUGACCAGAUCGAAGAGUUCAAAGAGGCCUUUUCGCUGUUUGACCGGACCCCGACCGGAGAGAUGAAGAUCACCUAUGGGCAGUGCGGGGACGUGCUGCGGGCACUGGGCCAGAACCCCACUAAUGCCGAGGUGCUGCGCGUCCUGGGCAAGCCCAAGCCAGAAGAAAUGAAUGCCAAGAUGCUGGACUUUGAGACGUUCCUGCCCAUCCUGCAGCACAUCUCCCGCAACAAGGAGCAGGGCACCUAUGAGGACUUCGUGGAGGGGCUGCGUGUUUUCGACAAGGAGAGCAACGGCACAGUCAUGGGCGCUGAGCUUCGCCAUGUCCUCGCCACCCUGGGAGAGAAGAUGACUGAGGCCGAAGUGGAGCAGCUGUUAGCCGGGCAAGAGGAUGCCAAUGGCUGCAUCAAUUACGAAGCCUUUGUCAAGCACAUCAUGUCUGGGUGAAGCAGACCCCUCCAGGGUGCCUGGCCCUUGGCCUUAGCCCAGGGGAGUUAACGAGAGGCCCAGAGUGACCGAGCUGGAGCUAGAGUCCUGGACUUUCCACGGCACCAUAGCCCCGAGGACCUCAUGGGCCCAUAGCCCUCCCCGUAAAUAAACAGCUCUGCAAGGCUGGGCCGAGUUCCCUGAUUCCAAA